AUGCCAACCACCACGUCCUCACCUGAUAAAUCAAGACAAACCUCGGCUGGCAAAUCGUUCUUUGGGAGGAAACUGCAUAAGGAAAAGCCAGUAGAGGACCGAUAUGACGGGGGCGGAUCAUUCGAGAAUCUGGCCCCCCCUGGAAGCUCAGCUGGCUCUCGGUCGUCCCGACAUUCGAAAAGAUCAUCGGUUCUGUCUGUAGAUUAUCCACAUGAUAUCGAUCCCUCCGGACUGUCAAUGACCGCUGGUGUCAUCACGUCUAUCCCUUUCGAAAGUCUCCCUGCCGAUACUAAGACACCCAUCCCAAUCGAGUAUCUAUCCAAGCCCGAGCCAUCGCGAAAAGAGCAAACGUCUAGUCAUCCGUCACCUAAUCACUUGGCUAAAGGGGCUAGUGACUUCCAUCAAUACCCUGCGUGGAACCCUUCUUCCGUCCGAGAUAACAAUACAUACUCACAUCCUACUGGCCCUCGUCCACCACCGCAUGCCUCGAAUUUAACAAUGACUGGAAGUAAUACGGGGGAUAAAGGUGCACGGUACCAACAAUGGGGGCGGCCAGGAAGUUCAGCCGCCAAUACCGGCUUCAGUCACAACUCUUCUUCGACGGUAGACUCAUCUAAUUCACGUAUAUCUUUCGACCAGGCUAGCGUCCAUUCUUCGCUUUCCUCGAACACCCGCGGUUCCAGCCAUUUCUCAUCUGAUGGAUCAUCGCGUACGCUUACAACUCAUUCGGCUGAUCGAAGUACCUAUUUCCCGAGUGGAAACCCAAACCGACUUUCGACUCAGUCGAACUGGCAGCUACCGCCAGCUGCACAGCCGAGGCCUCCUCCGAUUAACCCAGAACAAUAUCUCGCUCGACCGAGGGAUGAUCGUGUUGUCGACCAGUUAUUCCUGGAAUUGAUGCAGAAGCGAGGCUGGCAAAACCUCCCAGAACAGGCGAAGAGACAGAUGCUCGCAUAUCCGGCUUCUAAGAAAUGGACACUUGUUCACCAAGACAGGCUAACAGAGCUGCAAGGGGAACAAAAGCGCAGGCAGAAUGCGCGCCAGACACAUGGCCAGGACGGCCCAGUUGGUAUUCUCGAGCGAGCGGAUGAGGAGGGAAGCCCAGAGUGGUACGUCAAGAAGGUCAUGGAUGACUCUAUUACCUCGAAGCAGCUAGCUAGCUUAAGUGUCAGCCUGCGGACACAACCAAUUAGCUGGGUGAAGGCCUUUGUCGAGGCACAGGGUCAAAUAGCUCUUACGAAUGUUCUCUCGAAAAUCAACCGCCGCAAAGCUUCAGGUCCUGUUCCGGCCCCUCCAACUGGUGAUAAGGAUCUAGAUCGCGAAUAUGAUAUCGUCAAGUGUUUGAAAGCCUUGAUGAAUAAUAUGUAUGGUGCCGACGAUGCUUUAGAUCACCAGCAGGUCAUUAUAGCUCUUGUGAGCUCGUUGCUCUCCCCUCGGCUUAAUACUAGGAAACUAGUCAGCGAGGUUCUAACUUUCCUAUGUCACUGGGCUGAAGGACAUGGCCACCAGAAGGUCCUCCAAGCCAUGGAUCAUGUCAAGAAUCAUCAGGGUGAAACCGGCCGUUUCGAUGCCUGGAUGCGGAUAGUUGAAGUAACAAUCGAUGGCCGUGGAAAAAUGGGUAGUUUAGUCGGUGCGAGCGAAGAAUAUCGCAGCGGCGGCAUCGGAAUGGAAAACCUUCUUAUGGAGUACGCUGUUUCCACCAUGCUUCUUAUUAACAUGUUAGUUGAUGCGGGGGAGAAUGACUUGCAAUUACGAUGCCAUAUCCGGGCCCAGUUCAUCUCUUGUGGAAUUAAGCGUCUCUUGACAAAGAUGGAGGGUUUCCAGUAUGAGGUCAUCGACAAGCAGAUCGAACGUUUCCGGGAGAAUGAGGCCAUUGACUACGAAGACCUUCUACAGCGGGAGAGCAGCAGUAUGAAGGAUAGCAUCGAGGGCGAAGUGAAGGAUAUGAGUGACCCGCUGCAAAUCACCGACGCUAUUGCAACUAAAAUUCAGGGAACCCGGGCUCACGAUUAUUUCCUCUCUGCUAUGCAACAUCUUCUCCUAAUUCGUGAGAACUCUGGCGAAGAUGGUUUGCGCAUGUACCAGCUUGUAGAUGCUAUGCUUAGCUACGUUGCUAUGGAUCGGAGACUUCCUGAUCUCGAUCUCCGACAGGGUUUGACUUUUACCGUACAGAGUCUUCUAGAUCGGCUUCAUACCGAUGCAGAAGCGAGACGGGCAUAUGAUGAAUCUCUAGAGACCCGUCAAAUUGCGGAGGCUGCAAUCGCUGAACGGGAUGAGAUGAAAGCACAGAUUGAACUAGGCGCUGAUGGCUUGGUUAAGAAACUACAGAAACAGAUUGAUGAGCAAACAGGCAUCAUCGAGCUUCAAUCGAGGCAAAACGAAAUGAUUAAAGCUGAGGUCGCCGAUCUCCAAAGGCUUCGGGCUCAAGAGCUUCAGCGCAAUGAGUUGGAGACCCGCGAGCUUUAUUUGAUGCUUCGAGAUGCUCAGGAUAUAGCCGCAUCAAAUGCUAAGAAGAACAACUUGGCUGAGACAGAUCCCUCGCAUAUGAGAGGUAUUUUAGAUCGUGAAAAACUCUUGGAGAGGUUGGAAAUGCAACUCGAAAGGACAAAAACACAGUUCAAAUUAGAAGGCAAAGUCUGGGGUCAACAUGGCCCCUCGGACCGGCUACGAGAGUUACGAGAGCAAAUGGAUGGUGAACCUGAACCCAACGAUGACUUCCAGGAACAUGCGCGUCGAAACCUAGAUAGCAACGCCCUAGGAUCUGUUUAUCGAAAAAGGAGCCUUGUUCCAGGAGCAGAUGAUGCCGCUGGAGAGAGUCUGGAACAGACUAACAAUGAAGAUGGUGAAAUUCUGUAUGAGAAAGCACGUCUUGUGGACAUCCAGCGACCCCGGAUGAACCCUGCUCAGGCCACUGGCCUUCUCGGCGAGAUUGCGGCGAAAGUACCUAAGAUUGGCGCCGAAGAGGGCGAAACGAAAGCCGCUGCUGACGAAUCGCAUUUCCCUGAAUCAGAGACCCCGGCCAUCAAAGUGGACGAGCCCAAAGGGGAGAGCAAGGAUGAAAAGGUCGAUUCA